CUUUGGAGUGAGAAUGGGUUGGAGGACCAGUACUACCUCUUGAUCUUCAGUACUGCUGUUUGUAGUUUGCGCUGCAUCAGCUUUUGUCUGGAGUUGUGCUGGCAUCCUCUGCAGGCUGGAGGACCAAACCACUGCCCCCUUUUAGAGGUUAAAGGACUGAAGACACUCAUUUUUCAGUUCUACAAGCUCACUGCUUUCUGUUUCUAUCACCCUCUGUUUUACAAUGGACCCAUUGUGACCUACAGAGACUUCAGUGAACAGAUAGACAAGCCGGUGUGUAAAGUCUCUGCGGUGUAUGUGUUUAGCGGAAUACUGCGCGUGUGUGUCUGGUGGUGUUUAGCCAAAUUCAUGAUCCACGUCAUGUACAUGCACGCCAUCCAGAGCAACGAAAGCUACUUGGAGAUGCUGCCGCCCUGGGCACUGGGUGGUUUGGCUCUUGCAUUGGUCCAGUUUUUCUAUGUCAAGUAUCUGGUUUUGUUUGGAGUGGUGUCUCUGCUUGUCAGAUUGGAUGGGCUUGAGCCGCCCAAGUUACCACGCUGUGUCAGCAUCAUUUACAGCUUCACUGGGAUGUGGGGACACUUUGACAUGGGGCUUGACAAAUGGCUCAUCAGGUACGUGCCACUGGGAGGCUCUCGUCACGGUGUGUUCCGGAAACUCAUCUCCACGGCGCUUGCGUUUGGGUUUGUGUGUUUCUGGCAUGGUUGCCAUGACUACCUGCAGUACUGGGCCUUACUGAACUGGGUAGGGGUGUUGGUGGAGAACGUUCUCGCACUCGUCUCCUCUCGUUCUCUUCAUCACAUUAUUAGGCGUGGCCUAGCACUUAUCUCCGCCCUCUCCACUGCUUUUCUGAUUCUGUCCAAUCUGCUUUUUCUGGGAGGGAUCCAUGUGGGCAGAAUCUUCUGGAAGAGGCUGUUUGUCCAAGGCUGGUCAUCUGUAGCCGUUCCAGUGGUUGCUUUUCUCUAUUGCUUUGCUCAAGUUGGUAUUGAGUGGGACAUGAGAUGACAACACGCCUCAGAGCAGAAUGAUGGGAAGACAACGUUUCUCGCAGAAAACACAGUGAUAUUUAAAGUUUUACCAUCAUUUGGACCAGUCGCAAUGUGGAUAACCAACAUUCCUAUCAACUUCUACAAUAUCAUGUGUUUGUAUUGUAGUUAUGUUGUAUUUGGAGUUUGUGCGUGUGUGGAAAUGAAAUGGUGUGAGUUUGAUGGUUAAUCCUGUCACUGCUUUAUUUAUGAGUUUGUCUGAACACUGAUGGUGCCAGGACACAGCCUGACCAUUGCUCAUUCUCAUUCAUUUUGUCCCUCUGAUCUUCCUUGUCCUGAUCUCUCCAUCUCAACUCAUUUUUUAUAUCCAUCAUUCUCUCUUUCUUGAGUCUACCUACUUCUAUCUUCUUACUUACAGCACAAGCUGCUCUAUGUACUUAAUUAGAUCAGUGAUCUUCUAGCCUGGAGUUUCUCCUUUAUUAGAGAGAGGUAAGACGUGUGUGUUUCGGUGGUAGGGAGAUUACACUUUAAAGAGCUUUAUCUGUGCUACGUACCUUUAUCAGCAUCAGCUAAAUCAUUCAUAAUCCCUUCACAAAAACCUCUCUCUCUGUUUUAAGUUUAGUGUGCUAUUACUGGCAAGAUAAAACUGCAAAUUUGCA